UACGUCAACACAGAACGUAAGGAUUUCCCGGAUCCUCGCACGCCUCUCUCUACAGCCGGACUGUGCUGCGGCCGAGAGGACCGUCUGGGCAGGAGCAGAAAUGGGUAGAAGCAGGAGACGACGUGAGCGGAGCCACCAGCAGAGCCCUGCCUUGGAGCAGAGUGGCCCUAGUGAAAGGGACACUGCAGGGACAUCACAGAGCCCACAAGAUUCUGGCCACCAUGAUGCUGAGGUCCCAUCAACCUCAUCCAGCAGAGCUGAAGAGUCGUCUGCACCAGAACUUCCAGGCUUUUAUUUUGACCCUGAAAAGAACCGCUACUUCCGUUUACUCCCCGGUCAUAACAACUGCAACCCCCUCACGAAGGAGGCCAUCUGCCACAAGGAAAUGGAGAGCAGGAGGCUGCAGCUGCUGGACCAGGAGGACAAGCAGAGAAAGAAAAUGACCAGAAUGGGAUUUAACGCAUCCUCCAUCCUACGAAAAAACCAGUUGGGUCUUCUCAGCAUAACCAGUUAUUGCCGUUUAUCCCAUGAGCUGCGGGUGAGCGGCAUGGAGAGGAAGAAGGUAGACAUUCAGAGCUCAGAUCCUUCUGCGCUGGGAAGUGACCGGUUUAACUUCAUCCUGGCAGAUACUAGCAGUGACCGCCUCUUCACAGUGAAUGAUGUCAAAAUUGGAGGCUCCAAGUAUGGCAUCAUCAACCUGCAGGGUCUGCAGGCCCCUACGUUCACAGUGCACAUGCAUGAGAACCUCUACUUCACCAACAGAAAGGUGAACUCUGUGUGCUGGGCCUCACUCAGUCACUUGGAUUCCCACAUCCUGCUGUGCCUCAUGGGCCUUGCAGAAACACCAGGCUGUGCCACCCUGCUCCCAGCAUCACUGUUUGUUGGUACUCACCAAGGUACAGACCAGCCUGGCAUGCUCUGCAGCUUCCGGAUCCCUGGUGCCUGGUCCUGUGCCUGGUCCCAGAACACCCAGAUAGAUAACUGCUUCAGUACAGGAUUGUCUCGGAGGGUCCUGUUGACUAACGUGGUGACAGGACACCGGCAGUCAUAUGGGACCAGCAGUGAUGUCUUGACUCAGCAAUUUGCAAUGAAGACUCCCUUACUGUUCAAUGGCUGUCGUUCUGGGGAGAUCUUUGCCAUUGACCUACGUUCUCCAAGUCAAGCCAAAAGCUGGAAGGCCACCCACAUUUUCCAUGAGUCAGCAGUGACCUCUGUGCGGGUCCUCAAGGAAGAUCAAUACCUGAUGGCAUCAGACAUGGCUGGAAAGAUCAAGCUAUGGGACUUGAGGGCCACUAAAUGUGUGCGGCAGUAUGAAGGUCACGUGAAUGAGUAUGCCUACCUGCCCCUGCAUGUGCACGAGGAGGAAGGACUUCUGGUGGCAGUGGGCCAAGACUGCUACACAAGAAUCUGGAGCCUCCAUGAUGCCCAGCUACUCAGAACCAUACCUUCCCCAUGCCCCACCUCCAAGGCCAACAUUCCUAGUGUGGCCUUUUCUCCUCGCCUUGGGGGUGCCCGGGGAUCCCCAGGGUUGCUCAUGGCCGUCCAGCAGGACCUUUACUGUUUCUCCUACAGCUCAUUCUGUCCAAGCGAUCUGGAGGAAGGCAGGAUGGAAGAGACAGCAGCUUCUGUUACAGUGACUUGAGUGUUAGUUCUAAAGCCCAAGACCAAAUUUGACGUUUUUACAAUCUUGGAACUGCAGUUUAUGAACAGUGUUAAAGUCCUUUCUACCAACUAUUUCAAUAAAAUAAAAAGGUUUGUGUGA